AUGACUUUAAUAGGGGAGUCCCCGUCCGACAUGUCUGAUCGUCUAUACCGUGCCACAAAGAAGUUUAAAACCAUGAUCAAGAUGAGAACCUGGUCCCCGAAACGAGCCAAGAAGCAACAGGAAAAUGGCCAAGGCCGUUGCUACCUAAUGGAAUUACCCACCGAGCUGUUGCUGGAGAUCAUAUCCCAUCUGACAGUGCUGCCGGAGGCUGCGCUGGCACUGACCAACAAGCGCAUGUUCGCAAUCUCUGGAGAGAUCCUGCUCUCGAAAUCCCUUCGAUUCAGUCGGGACUUUGCGCCGCUUUUCCACCAUUACCGCAAUGAUCAUAACUUUGUCACACCCCGGUGGUCAUUCCUCAACUUAUUGGAAAACUCCCGCUGGAAACUAUGCUCCAAGUGCUUGAAACUCCACCCUCGAGCCGCAUUCUCCUCCAGAGAGCUGAGGCGGAAGCCAGAGAAUCGAACAUGCAAUGUUGGAGAGUUAGCAGGGGUUGUCGAUUUGUGCCCAUGCAAGAAAUUAACUUUCCGCGACAAACUUGACCUCGCGGAUCAUGUUCGAGUGCGGCAGGUGACGCUGCAACCCUUGAAAUUACAAUUUGGGAAGGCCGUUGAUGACCGCUACUGCUGGCAUACAUGCACCGAGCAGUAUGGCCCAACCGAGCUGCAGACAUCUUUGUUUCCAGAAAUCAAUGCCGACAACCAGCUGGUUAUUCGCACGGAAUACCAACUCACCACCGAGUCGGGCCAAGUUGGCAAGGAAGAUUAUAUGACACCACGCUUCGGGUGUGCACAUCGAUCGGUCGACCUGUGGCUCUCGAGUGUUCACCAAACCACUAUAUGCCGCCUUUUCGACUCUCUCUGCUCAUCCUGCAAACGUAUAUCGGUCUGCAGCGCAUGCGAUACGACGCUGACCUGUCCACGAAAAUCACCAUUCCAUUCUGAAAAGUCUGGCAGAGCAACAUAUUCAUUCUGGACGCAAAGAAGCCUCGGAGGGACGGGUCCAGUUCCUGAUCCGGCUUGGGGAGCACAAAGAAUCCAUCCAGCCGAACCUUCAGUCAGUGUUGAAAACUGCAACGAGUUGUGUCCUUGGACAGUGCGCGAACAUCCUGCGCUUUCAUUUGCGCCGAGUAUAGAACAGGAAAUUAUCGAUUCUGGAAUAGGUAACCAACCCAUCAACCAACUGUACACAUACAUCAACAUGGUUUAA